AUGGUGCUUCUACUUCUACUUUCUCUUUCUUCCAUCAACUCAUUUUCUUCUGCACAAUCAGAUUCAGAUUCUCUUUACGACAACUUUUCUCGAUGUUUUGCACAAAACAAUGUCCCAAAUGACCAAAUAUCAAAAAUUGUAUACAAUCGCACUAGCCCCUCCUUCACAACUGUUCUUGAAUCGUACAUUAGAAACCGCCGGUUCAACGUUUCGACAACCCCAAAACCGAGCAUAAUCGUGACCCCUUUCGAGGAAUCCCAUGUUAGUGCAACUGUUUUGUGUGCCAAGAAACUCGGAAUUCAACUUAAAAUCCGCAGUGGUGGCCAUGAUUAUGAGGGCAUUUCGUAUGUUUCUAAUGUCGAGUUUAUCAUUCUCGACGUGUUUAAUUUCCGGUCGAUCGAAGUCGACAUGGAGACCGAGACUGCAUGGGUAGGAUCCGGUGCCAUGCUUGGCGAACUCUAUUAUAGAAUCUGGGAAAAAAGCAAAGUCCAUGGAUUCCCCGGCGGGGUUUGCCCGACGGUGGGCGUAGGCGGCCACAUAAGUGGCGGAGGUUAUGGCAACAUGCUGCGCAAACACGGCCUAACAGUCGACCAUUUGAUAGAUGCAAAGAUCGUGGAUGCCACCGGCAGAGUUUUGGACAGGAAAUCAAUGGGGGAGGAUCUUUUCUGGGCUAUUAGAGGUGGUGGUGGUGCUAGUUUUGGUGUCAUUUUGGCCUACAAAAUCAAGCUAGUCCCUGUACCAGAAGUUGUUACAGUGUUUCGAAUUGAGAAGAUCAAUGCAAUCGAAGCGGUUUAUCAAUAUCAAUAUAUUGCAGACAAAAUCGACAAUAAUUUGUUCAUAAGGACUAUGUUACAACCUAUUACGAGGAACAAGAACAUGUCUGUUCGAGCGACGUUUACUGGAAUGUUCCUCGGUGAUGCCAGUCGACUAAUGUCGAUAACAAAUUCUGAGCUCCCCGAAUUGGGAUUAAAGGAGGGAGAUUUUAAGGAAAUGUCUUGGAUUUAUUCACUUCUCUUUUGGGCUAGUUUCGGCAACACUACAAAGCCACAAGUUCUGCUGAAUCGAACUCCCAACUCUGUCAACUUCUUGAAGAGGAAAUCUGAUUACCUAAAGACACCGAUUUCCAAGAACGGCCUGGAAUCUUUGUUCGAGAAAAUCAUCGAAGUAGGAAAGGUAGGGCUAGUGUUCAAUCCCUACGGUGGAAGAAUGAGUGAAAUUCCGGAUUCUGAAACUCCAUUCCCUCACCGGGCCGGGAACAUAUUCAAGAUUCAGUAUUCCGUUAACUGGGACGACGAAGGAGAAGGAGCAGAAAAGACUUACAUUGAACAGACGAGAGAAAUGUACAGAUACAUGGCUCCUUUUGUAUCGAAUGAUCCAAGAGAAGCAUACCUCAAUUACAGGGAUUUGGACAUUGGCACGACGGAUAAUGGUAGACAUAGUUAUAACCAAGGCUUGGUUUAUGGGAUGAAGUAUUUCAAGGAUAAUUUUGACAGAUUGGUAAAAAUUAAGACAGCCAUCGAUCCCGACAAUUUCUUUAGGAAUGAACAAAGUAUUCCCGUGUUGCCCUUUCGUGGAAGGAAAGUCGGAAAAUAGAGGGAGGCAAGCACCACGGCUGCGCGUCUUAUACGUUAAUUGCACACAUCAGCAUCUCGAUUAUUCGUAGUUUCUACCUCGUUAUGCAUUAGUAACGUAGAUUUAAGGAUUCUUGCUAGUUGUAGUACCUUAUUAUCUAUUUCUAAAUAUGUGCAUUUAAUUUAGGUCUUGUUUGACGGCCUUUAAAAUUUUAAA